AUGCAUAGAAAACGCACUAGCGUUUACAAGCGGCAAAGAAGCGAGUCGAACAGUCCGUUGCCGCGCAAUGGGCCUUCUGCCUACCCACCCUCCAUGGUAACACCCUGCCGCCCGAUCAACCUAGAUCUUCUGACAGCAUUGACGCCAUGUGCGGCUUAUUCCGCACGCUCGGUCUCCGUCUGCACAGGCGGGACUGAGGGACUUUCAGACGAUAGUGUGUUUGUUUUAGAUAUUCGUGGAGGUCAAGGCUUGAACUAUAAACACCAGCAGAGCAAUGACUCUUGCUCUGCUGACUUUUCUAAUUACAUAGAUCCUGAAGCUACGCAGUGGCAGCGUGAGCUAAACGAAUUCUUCGAUCGACUCGACCAACGGCCUCUUCAUUUGGUUCCAUGA